UUGGCGAACGACAACCGCAACAAGAGGAUGGGCGAGUACGGGCGCGUCCCGGGGCCCAUCGGGGCUCUGGUCUACAUGGUCAUCGCCUUCAUGAAGGAGGUCCUCUUCACGAUCUUCGGCCAGAAGAACUUCCAGUUCACCAACGACCGCAUUGGCCUGACGCGCUCCGCAAUGUUCAUGUUCAUCUUCAUCAUCAUCCACGCAGUCGGCAACCUGCACGUGUUCCUCGGCCCGGACGACUUCAACGGAUAUGGAUACUUCUACGUCCGCCUCUACUGGACGGGCUUCGGCUUCAACGCCAACAUCGUGGAGGAGUACAUCCUGCUCGCCGCGCUGCUCCACGUAGCGGUGGGCCUGAAGCGCACCUGGGACAUCUCGAUCAACUACACCAUCGCCUCUGGCAAGCUCAACCUCGCGAUCUCGGGCAUCACGCUGCUGACCUUCAUGAGCAUCCACCUCUUCCAGUUCCGCUUCGGCGACACGCAGCCGUUCGAGCUGUGCCCGCCACCGUACCUCAUCAACGUGGCCACCCUGCUGGAGCUGAGGCUGAAUCUCUUCUGGGUCCACGACGCCGACUGCGUCAAGGCGAGCGUCCGCGACAUCUACCGCAUGGAGUUCGAGGUCUUCCAGUCCCUCGGCUGGUGCCUCUUCUACAUCAGCGCCGUGGCCAUCUUCGCCACGCACAUGUGCCUUGGCUGGCAGAAGGCUGUCCCGGCGCCUGCGCUCGAGAUCCCCAAGCGCUUCCACAACAAGGCGAUUCACAUCGGCUACAUCAUGACGGCCUUCAUCGCGUUGGUCUACGUCAGCUUCCCGCUCUACACGCACAUCUUCCCGAUGUCCGACGGGGCGAUCACCCCAGAGGCCCCGCUCCCCGUCCCCGUUUUGAGUGCUACAUCCCCGCCCGACCAGAAGGAGUCGUACGGCAUCGUCGAGCUGAUCAUCAAUGUAUUGGGCUUCGCCGACGACGCCAACUUGGUCACGAAGCAGACGUACGCGAAGGCAGUAGAGAAGCAGGCCAUCGACAUCCUCGCGUCCAUCGGCGAGAUCGCCCACCAGGGUAAGACGGAACGCGUCGCCAUCGGUAAGAAAGCGCAGGUGUGCAGGGCCACUGUGUAUGCAGCAUUAUUGUUCGGCGCCGAGAUCCGCACGUUCUCGCAAACCGAGCUGGACCAAUACAGAUCCUUUCUCAAUCGCGUGCUCCGUGGAGUUAGCUACGACUCGCGUGCCAAGUUCGGUACCCUUCGCGACAUGGAGGGACAGUACACGAUGGUGGAUAUCAGAUUGAGCACCGGUUUGGGCGACGUCGAGACCAUGAUCGUGAAGAAGCAGUUGGGUUACAUAGGAGAAGCGGAGAAGGCGAAGGUGGCCCAGCUCCGCGACGCUCACAGAGCAGCGGAGACAACACGUCAGGAAACGCACGAGAAGCAGGUUUCGGAGGCCAAGGCUGCCAAGAAGGAUGUGCCCAGCAUCCCACCUCACCCUCGCGGCUCACUGCGCUCGCUGUUGUUCGCCCACUUGAUGGGGGAGAUCAACGAGGCCGUUCCUCAGGACGCGGGGGCGCCGAAGGAGAUGGCCAAGUGGCUGGCUGGGUUGGUGGUCACGCAAGUCAAUCUCCUGGUGUUCCGCGUGAAGUCAGAGCGCAGGGGGCCGCGCGACGGGCGGCCGCGGGCGUGGGGGGCGCUGCGCUCCGACCAUCUCAGCGAAGAGGCAGGGAAAUUCCAUCAGGCCCUCGCUAUUGUGAUCGACUGGAGUCGCGCCAACAAAUCUACCGCAUCCAAGUCCACCCAGAUCGCUUCGAUGCACGCGCAGGCGGCUUGUUCCCGUGCCGCCUCGGCGGCUUUCGCCGCCUGGGCCUGCGCCGCCUCGGCGGCCCCUGCGGGUCGGCGCGACUGGGUGCCCUCGGAAUCCGCCCCUACCACAGCGUUGGUUGGCGGGAGGCUGGCUCUUUUGUUGCGGCGCGCUGGCCUGCUGGGGCUCGAAGCCGGGCGAAUUCACUUCUACGACGUUGAACUGUAUACCACGUUGACGCGGUCCACGAACCUGUCCAGCACAGGUCCACAUGCGAGAUCCUGGACUGGGCCUUCGAGCGCAUGCAGCUGGCGCUGCAAGCGCUGCACUGGCCGCGGCGCCAUGAAGUUCUACGUGACUGGCGAGGCGCUCGCUAAGGACAUGGGCGUUCCCAUUUCUGUGCUGGAGCAGACUCACAAGGGGCAUUUCGAGGCUGGUAAGAAGACCGAGAAGGGCCCGGACGGCAGCUCAUUCCCGGCAUACCACAGCGGCAAGUCUUGGGACGAGGCCAGCGGUAAGACGGGUUCGGGCAAGAAGUUCAACCACAACGUGAUCGACGGCCCCGCGGUGAAGAGCGAGCCCUUCUACGCGGCCAUCAUCUUGCCAGUGAUCCACUACUGCAUGGGCGGCCUCGAGAUCGACGCGGACUCCGCCUGCGUCGGCGCCAACGGCAAGGCCAUCCCGGGGCUGGAGGCGGCCGGCGAUGGCAACAAUCGCUUAGGGGGCAAUUCGUUGCUGGACAGCGUGGUGUUCGGCCGCGCGGAGGGCCUCGCCGCGACCAAGUGCACGUUGGGCGCGGACUGCAAGCCCGCGAGCCUCAAGGACCUCUCUGGCGGAGGCCACACCGGCGAGGUGACGGCGCCCAAGAACGCGGGCGGCUCGCACGAGGAUGGCAUGAACAAGGGCGCGGGCGGCGUCAAGGGCUACUCCAUGGAGGAGGUGGCCAAGCACGCCAGCAAGACUGACUGCUGGAUGGUCGCGGCUGGCGAGGUGCUCGACGCGACCUCGUUCCUGAGCCAGCGCCCCGGAGGCGAGCUGGCCAUCCUCGCGUUCGCCAGGGAGGGCGCCACCGAGGAGUUCAACAUGAUCCAUCCUCCGGACGUGAUCCCGAAGUGCGCCCCCGCCGCCGCCACCGGCGCGCUCGGCGCAGGGGGCGGCGCGGCCCCGGCGGCGGCGGCCGGCGCCUCGGCAGCGACGGCGGCCGCGGCGGGAGGGCACGGCGCGCGCGAUUGGAAGCUGGCGAACGACAACCGCAACAAGAGGAUGGGCGAGUGCGGGCGCGUCCUGGGGCCCAUCGGGGCUCUGGUCUACAUGGUCAUCGCCUUCAUGAAGGAGGUCCUCUUCACGAUCUUCGGCCGGAAGAACUUCCAGUUCACCAACGACCACAUUGGCCCGACGCGCUCCGCAAUGUUCACGUUCAUCUUCAUCAUCACCCACGCAGUCGGCAACCUGCGCGCGUUCCUCGGCCCGGACGACUUCAACGGAUAUGGAUACUUCUACGUCCGCCUCUUCUGGGCGGGUUUCGGCUUCAACGCCAACAUCGUCGAGAAGUACAUCCUGCUCGCCGCGCUGCUCCACGUAGCGGUGGGCCUGAGGCGCGCCUGGGACAUCUCGAUCAACUACACCAUCGCCUCUGGCAAGCUCAACCUCGCGAUCUCGGGCAUCACGCUGCUGACCUUCAUGAGCAUCCACUUUUUCCAGCUCCGCUUCGGCGACGCGCAGCCGUGCGAGCUGUGCCCGCCACCGUGCCUAAUCAACGUGGCCACCCUGCUGGAGCCGAGGCUGAAUCUCUUCUGGGUCCACGACGCCGACUGCGUCAAGGCGAGCGUCCGCGACAUCUACCGCAUGGAGUUCGAGGUCUUCCAGUCCCUCGGCUGGUGCCUCUUCUACAUCAGCGCCGUGGCCAUCUUCGCCGCGCACAUGCGCCUUGGCCGGCAGAAGACUGCCCCGGCGCCUGCGCUUGAGAUCCCCAAGCGUUUCCACAACAAGGCGAUUCACAUCGGCUACAUCAUGGCGGCCUUCAUCGCGCUGGUCUACGUCAGCCCCCCGCCCUACACGCACAUCUUCCCGAUGUCAGACGGGGCGAUCACCUCGGAGAGAUUGGAAGCGGCCAGGGCGAUAUGGAGGUCCAUCUACACGGAGCUCCCCAGGCUGGGCAUUCCCAAGCAGCUACGGGCGCGGGUGGUACAAGCUACGGUCCUGGCGGCGCUGUUGUUUGGCUCGGAGAUUCGGACCAUCUCCCAGGGCGAAAUCAACGAGUACCGCUCGUGGCCCAGGACCGCGCCCCCUGGACGAAAGGUAGCAAGUUUGUUCUGGAUCGCUAUCGUUCUCAACUUAACCAAAAUAUUCGGCAUCAUCGGCACCAUGGAGAUCCCGACGAGGCUGAGCGUCUGGCAGUACUUUCCCUUCAAGCUCUCGAUCGCGAAGGCCGCGCGCGUUGUGCACGGGAACUUCCAGAACCUCCCGCGGGCGCUGGAGAACGCGUUGGCGGCCCACGAGCGCAAAGCCCAUUUGCUCGUGGAUCGCUCCUCGCUCGCGAUUUUGGUCAAGAGCAAGGAAUUGAAGGCCGAGGCCGAGAGGCUGCGCGAUGCCCACCGCGCGGCGGAGGCGACCCGCCAGGAGAAGCACACCCAGGCGCUGUCCGAGGCGAAGGCCGCCAACAAGGCGGCCCCGACCAUCGAGGAGGCCGUCACCUGGCCGGCGCCCCUCAAGACGGCCCAGGUCAACGCCGUCGUUUUCAGGUCCGACUCGCACUCGGCGGAUAUGCAGCGGCUGGAGGUCGCCCUGAGCAGCGUGAUGGCGCUCGCCAAGGACACGGGCGUUCCUGUUUCCGUGCUGGAGCAGACUCACAAGGGGCAUGUCGAGGCCGCUAAGAAGACCGAGAAGGGCCCGGACGGCGGCUCAUUCCCAGCCUACCCCAGCGGCAAGUCUUGGGGCGAGGCCAGCGGUAAGACGGGUUCGGGCAAGAAGUUCUACCCUCUCGCGGACAUCUACCUCAUUCCCUUCGCUCUUUUGCACGCCGCGGGAUACGCCCAGGGGGUCGGCGCGAGCGUGAGUUCCUUCUUCUUACAAGUGGACGCGCUGCGCUUUUACUUGGGCCUCGCGCCCGGCACGCAUGUGAACAGGGGGGCGGACGCUGGCAUCACAAAGGACAUCCCGGGCCACCCCAACCCGAUCAAAAUCAGGAAGGCGAAGGGCAAGGAGGAGCAUGCUGUGAUAGGGCAAAGAAGGCCGACGGCGCUCACAGGUCACAAGCCCGCGUUGCCAAAUGCCCGCUCCGGGGUGCUAGAUUACAAGCCCGCGGUGCCGAAUUACUUGUCCGCGCUGCUAUAUUGCAAGCCCGCGCUGUCGAAGGUCAGGGUCGCGCCGCCGAAUGCCGAGCCCACGCUGCUGCACGAGGUCUGCGCAAGCAUGCCCUGCGACACGUGGCUUGCUCGAACAAGAUACGUGAACGACGUCGCCGGAGUCAGGGCGAAGUUCCCGCGCGCGCAUCGCCGAGGUCGCAAGCCCGCGCUGCCAAAUGCCCAGUCCGGGUUGCUAGAUUACAAGCCCGCGGUGCCGAAUUACUUGUCCGCGUCGCUAAAUUGCAAGACCGCGCUGCCGAAGGUCAGCGUCGCGCUGCCCGACAUCAUAUCCACGCCGCUGCGCGUUCCGCGGGGGCCUCGGCGGAAGGGCGGCGCGCCCCGCCCGCGGGGCCACAAGAAGACUUUCAUGCUCCACGCGUUCUUUACCAGGAUGCGCGAGACGGCGCCCGGUCUGGAGCCUGACAAGACCGCCGGCCUCACGCCGCAGGCAAAGGAGGCCGGGGACAUGCACCUGGCUAUGUUCACGCAGCUCGGGCCCAAAGACCUCGACCGGUUGUUCUCUGGGAUCGCGUCGCGCUACCCGAAGCCGAUGGGCGACAGGACGUGGUUGUGGGCGCCCACCGUCAAUCUCGUGAUGAUCCCCGAGGACCUCCGGCUCAGCUUGGGUCAUGUCAUGGAGAUGGCAGAGUGCGACGGCGUAGAUGUCAAGGUGGAGUUGAAGCAAUCCAACCAGGGGAAGCCCGAGGAGCAGCUCUGGACGACGCUCAGGGUCAGGUUGCUCGGCCACCCGCACUUUGUCAACGUGCUGUUUUCGGUCGUCUUCCUCGGCGGCUACUUGCUUAUCCUUGACCUGCCCGAGGGCUUCUCCGAGCUGGGCGACAGCUCCUCCGGCGCGACUGACACGCGCGAGGAUUUUGCUCGCGACCGAGGAGGACGAAAGUUCUACCAGGGCGUAUUCGACGGCCCCGCGGUGAAGGGCGAGCCCUUCUACGUGGCCAUCAUCACGCCAGUGAUCCACUGCUGCAAGGGCGGCCUCGAGAUCGACGCGGACUCCGCCUGCGUCGGCGCCAACGGCAAGGCCAUCCCGGGGCCCCGCGCG